AUGGCCCUCUGGAUGCGCAUCCUGCCCCUGCUGGCCUUGCUGGCCCUCUGGGCGCCGGCCCCGACGGCAGCCUUCGUGAACCAGCACCUGUGCGGUUCCCACCUGGUGGAGGCGCUGUACCUGGUGUGCGGCGAGCGCGGCUUCUUCUACACGCCCAAGGCCCGCAGGGAGGCCGAGGACCUGCAGGCGAGGGACUCGGAGCUGGGCGGGGCGCCUGGCGCGGGCGGCCUGGCUCUGGGUCUGGAGGGGGCCCUGCAGAAGCGCGGCAUCGUGGAGCAGUGCUGCACCGGCAUCUGCUCCCUCUACCAGCUGGAGAACUACUGCAACUAG